UCGGGGCCAGAGAGCGGCGCUGAGCGGGAGGAAGGGGCACGGGGUUCGGGGGCCCCAGCCAUAACCGUAACGUGGGGCUUUCACUUUCACUUUCUCCAAGGGAGGAGAAGAACCGGAACCAGGGACGCGGUGAUCGGGGCAGGUCGGUGUGUGAGGCCCGCGAUUAACCUCCACCGCAGGGAGACACCCCGGGGCCCAGGGCUGGAGGACGGGCCUGAGGCCUAGGGCCUAGGGCCUGGGGCUGGAGGACAGGCCGGGGCCGGGGCCGGGGCCGGGACCGGGACCGAGCCUGGGGUUUGGGCCGUGGCCUGGGCUGGAGGAAAGGCCGGGUGUUUGCAUAUCCUACUCCAGGAGGUAGAUUUAUAGGAGGUCUUCGUCAGAGUUUCGUUUUGUGUUGGAAAAGAGAAGUCAGUGGCGUCACCAGAGAUGAGAUUGCAGCACAACAUUAUUGGCUGGGGAAAUCUCAGUUUCCUGUAAGGAGUCCUUGGGGCUGCUUCGUUCAAAAUUCAAUAAUAUGUUCAAGCAGUGUACUCAAGAUAUCAGACCACUGGCUUUGCAAAUAGCUGACAAACUGUCGAAGGAUGAAAGUGCCACUUUAGUGUUUUUGUGCCUUGAUGUCCUCAAAGAUUAUUUAAGUAUUGGGGAAGUGAAAGAGUUGUUUGACAUCCUGUCCAAGCGGAACCUGCUGAGGAUUGAGCUCCUAAAUGAACUGCUUUAUCGAAUAAAGAGAUUCGAUGUUUUGAAAGGAUUGAAAGUUGAUGUGGAGCGUUUGCAGAGACAUUUGAACAGUGGUAAAGGAUAUGUAUCUUCGUACAGGCAGUUGUUGAUAGACAUCAGCGAAAAUCUCUCUCAAGAAGAUUUGCAAUCUAUUUUCUUUUUAUUACGUUGCCAAGUACCAAAAGGCCACCAGGAAGCAAUGAAGACCUUCUUAGAUUUAAUUGUCGAACUGGAGAAACUUGACAAGGUUGAUGCGAAUAAUUUGGAACUGGUGGAAGAUUGUCUAAAGACCAUUGGGAGAAUAGAUCUGAGAAAGAAGGUCUCUAAGUACAAACAAAUGGCUCUGGGAGUUCAUUCCAUGCAAAAUUCCACUGCAUAUCAGAAUGUUGUCCCAAUCGCUGCUCCCUGUCAAGAGCAGGGUUCUGGCCGUGAGCAGUUUGAACAAAAUCAGCAGGUGAGCAAUUGGAUGCCAGCAUCUGCAAGCUGUAACGCCGGUCAGUUAUUGAGACAACAUGUUCACUCAAACUGUCCAACAUCAUUAGUGGCCUCAUUUGAAGAGCAACAAUCAGAGUCAAUGAUUAACCCAACAGUUGAGUUUGUCCAGCCUCCUGCAGCGGCGAGUGCAGCACUACAGAAUGGGUUGGAGGUGUACAGGGUACAGAGUAGACCCCUCGGUCUCUGUUUAAUCAUCGAUUGUAUUGGAACUGAUGCAGAUUUACUGAAGGAAACGUUUGAGGUUCUCCGGUUCCAAGUCGUCACCCACUUGUACGUCGAGCUGGACAGUCUGAAGCAGAUCCUGCAGGAAACCUCCCAGCGCGAGGACCUGGCCACGCUCGACUGUUUUGUGUGUUGCAUCGUGAGCCGGGGGAUGACAGGGAGCAUCCUGGCCAUCAAUGGACAAAGACCUGGCCUCUUGUUUGAAGAAAUCCAGCAGUAUUUCAAAGGAAUGAGCUGUCGGGCCCUGGUGGGGAAGCCCAGGCUUUUUUUCGUUCAGAAUUUCCUCGCGGCCACGCCUGACCCUGACGAGGGUUUAGAGACUGAUGCUGCUCAGGGUAACAGAGAGGCGGUUCAGGCUGAUGGUCGUGCCUGGGAGGAAGUAAUCCCACAGGAAGCAGACAUCCUGUGGUGUUGCUGCAGGGUGUCUGAGCAUCUGAUCUUCCAGGCGGGCCAACAACCAUCAUCUUUUAUGCGCACGCUGUCGGAGUGUCUACGGGAACACCGCAGGAGUGAUUUGAUAUCGAUGCUAACAGAGGUGAACAGACAAACAAUGCUGCGAAACCGUCUACUGGCUUCUGAGGAGCCUGUACCUCUGGUCCUCUGCCACACCCUGAGGAAAAAACUCAUCUUGCCCUGAGGGGGCGCCCCCUCACCACUACCACAUUAAACAUGUCAGGAAACUGGGCAACCACAACAUGAAACCAGCUUCACCCACCACGCAAGCAAUCUCUGAACACUGGGGCCUGGGUACCUAAAGAAACAAGGCUUGAUGCAUGGGCUUAGUCAGGAGAAGAGAAUUAAAUCCACUCAAAGAUUCAGUCAUGGGUGGCAGGGGUCCAGGCCAAAGUGGAAGGAUUGAGGUGGUGAGGGACCAAAGUUGAGGGAUUAAGACAGGGAGAUCGAGCCUGUAGUACAUACAGGGAGCUAAACUGGGACAGAGAGAUCACGACAAGAGUGGAAGGUUUGAGGUAUUUAAAGGAGGCAACAAAGGAUCCAGACAGGCAGAGGGAUCCAGACUCAGAAGGAGUAAAUUGGGAGAGAUCUAU